GUGGACUGUGUCGACCUUGGAUUCUGACGUGCUGCAACAUGGCGAGCAAGGAGCCGAAUCGCUUUGUCCAGCACCUGAGAGAUCUGGCUGGCCGGAUGUCUUCUGGUGGAAAAGGGGCGGGUUUAGGACUGAAACUGCUUGUUGGAGCUGGUGCCUUGGUUUACGCUGUUAAAGAAGCCACCUACACAGUGGAGGGUGGUCACAGAGCCAUCGUCUUCAAUAGGAUUGGAGGGAUGCAGAUGGACACUGUUCUGGCUGAGGGGCUGCACUUCAGGAUGCCAUGGUUUCAGUACCCUAUCAUCUACGACAUUAGAGCUAAACCCAGGAAAAUCUCCUCUCUGACUGGUAGUAAAGAUCUGCAGAUGGUGAAUAUAGCGGUACGGGUGUUGUCCAGACCCAUGGCAUCUAACUUGCCAGUCAUGUACCAACAGCUGGGGAAGGACUACGAUGAGAGAGUCCUGCCUUCUAUUGUCAAUGAGGUCCUCAAGUCUGUGGUGGCAAAGUUCAAUGCCUCGCAGCUCAUCACACAAAGAGCACAGGUGUCACUGCUGGUGCGCCGGGAGCUUUUUGAGAGAGCCAAAGACUUCAACAUCAUUCUUGAUGAUGUGGCCAUUACUGAGCUGAGCUUCAGCAGCCAGUACACUGCUGCUGUGGAGGCCAAGCAAGUUGCUCAGCAAGAGGCUCAGAGGGCACAGUUCUAUGUGGAGAAAGCCAAACAGGACCAGCGACAGAAAAUCAUCCAGGCUGAGGGAGAGGCUGAAGCUGCCAGAAUGCUGGGUCAAGCAGUGACUAAGAAUCCUGGUUACCUGAAGCUGAGGAGAAUCAGAGCAGCACAGAACAUUGCAAAGACGGUGGCGUCAUCUCAAAAUAAGGUGUAUCUUAAUGCUGACAGUUUGGUCCUGAACCUACAAGACCAGACAUUUUUUAACAACUUGUCACUGGGCAAAAAGAAGUGAUGAAGAGGACAUGAACUGAGGCAGUACAACUGUCAAUUUCAUCAACUUUAUAAAUAGUCUAGGUUUUGCUUGACAUUGAAAAUCAGCUUACAUGACUGAACAAGUGUGACUGUGGACAAAGAAGAAAUAUAUUUUUGUUUUAAUUUUGUUUUCUAUUUCUCACACACACAUUUGUGAGUGACUUGUAUUAAUUUAUUCAAUCAAUUACUUUAAUAGGAGCAAAACUGCCAUUUCAACACCACAUUGAAUAAAUAAGUAGCAAAUUUGUCACAAAUUGAAGAAUUGGCACAUAUCCAUUUUUAUUUUAUUUUUUUUCAGUUUUUUGAGAAAAGUAAUGCAACAGUGAUUUUGAAUAAAUUUAGAACACCACUGCCCCUGUCAGAAGGACCUGGUAGGCCCAAAUUGUCCGAGCAUGAGACAUCGCUGCAGCACUAUGCUCAGUCAAGCUCAAUGGUAGAUUUCACUGCUGUAUCGUUACCUCAAUUUGGCUGCCAGUCUUUUCUCUGAUCUACAUUUGGGGUCGACCAAUUAUCAGAUCCAGUGUUUAGCUUUUUUCCAAUUGUCGGUAUUGUUGUUUUUUUAACUCCUGCUGAAAUAAGUUUAGAAGCUAAAAAAAUUAACUUCUUUCUCUGUGGUACAGCCACUUCUAUCUGUGCUCACUCAAGCAGUUUCCCACCCAAAGUACAAUGUGAUUGAUUACACAUCACGCGUGAUAGUUAAUCAACACUCAUGGAUAAAUUGUGUAAAAAAUCUCUUUUCGUUAAACAUGUGAAACAUGAAUAAACAUGACAACAAAGUUUUGUGUUGGACUUUGUAUUAUUCUAAAUUUUGACAUCAAGAUUUUCAAUUUAGUGAAAGUUUAUAUCCAUUCCAAAUAUCAGUUAUUGGUCUUGGUCUAAUAAUCCACACCUGGUCUGAAAAGCUGCAUCAGUUGACCCCUACUCUGCAUACAUUUCAUCAAAAAUGUUCCAGUCUCCGUCCUAGUAGUCCUCACAGUUACAACAGGAAUGUUUGUCAGGGCUCCAUAUCUCCACCCAGGUGGAGCUGAUGAAAGAAAUGUUUGGUGACAUGUCUUUCAAUAAACGUUUAUUAUAUGUACA